CUGGAGGAAGCGGCUCCGCUCCCUGUGGGUUCAGGUCCACUCGUGUUCGAGGCAGGGAGCUUCUGUGAUCCAUCCAGAUGUUCCAGAUGUUGUGCUGCAGCCGCCAUGGAGCGGCUGUUCUGCCGGGUUGGAGGAGCUGCUGCCUCCUGCUGCUGGUUCUGCUGCGCUGCUGGGCUCUGGACCACAGGCCUGGAGGAGCCCUUACUGUGGUGGAGAGCACCAUGGGGGGAGGAGGAGGGACUGGUGAUGAAGACCCGGAGGCCACAGUGGAUGAUGAUGAUGAUGAAGAUGAUAAUCUGGAGGUGCUCCAGCCUAACGAACACUGGCAAACACUCAAACCAGGCCAGGCGGUACCAGCAGGCUCCCAUGUGAGGCUGAACCUGCAGACUGGUCAGAGGGAGGUCCGACUGGGAGAGGAGCAGCUGAAGUACUGGACUCAGGAGCACAGGUGGCCGUCCAUUGAUCCAGAUGAGCUAAAACGGGCCAUGAAGAAGAUGAAGGAGGAGAUGAAGAGUCAGGACUCUGUGGCAUCCCGGUUCCGACCGCUGGAGGAGUUGAAGAAGGACAUGGCUGAGCUGGACCUGCUGGUGGAGACAGAUGUUCAGAUAAUGAAGCGCUUGCUGGAGCAGUUCAACAGCAGCAGCAGCAGCACAGAGCAGAGGCUGAGCAUCCUGCUGGAGCUGGAGUACCUGGUGCAUCAGGUGGAUAACGCUCAGACUCUGUGCUCCAUGGGGGGCCUGAGCCUCAUCCUGGACGGUCUGAACAGCUCCGACAUCCGCCUGCAGGAGAACUCCGCCUUGGUGCUGGGAUCCGCCGCCGCCAGUAACCCGGUGGUGCAGGUCCACGCCGUGGAGGGCGGAGCCCUGCAGACGCUCCUCACAUCGCUGGCCACCGCUCAGCAGCUUAGCGUCAGGAAGAAGGUGCUGUUCGCACUGGCCAGCCUGCUGCGUCACUUCCCCUACGCACAGCGCCACUUCCUGUCCCACGGCGGCCUGACGAUCCUGUCGGAGCUCUUCAGGGCGGAUGUAGGAGGGAUCCUGAGAACGCGUAUCGUCACCAUGUUGUACGACAUGAUCACGGAGAAGGUACUGAUCUUCCAGGCCGGACCGGACCCGGUCCAGGACCCGUCCCAUGAAGAACGGCAGCGUCAGUACGCCCAGGUGUCCCUGCAGGAGGAGCUGAUGGAGAAGGGCUGGUGCCGCCUGGUUCCCCAGCUGCUCCAGUCCUCUGAGCACGACUACCGGGAGAAGGCUCUCCGGGCUUUGUUGGCUAUGGCGCCCGUGUGUUUGGACCAGUACCGCUCGGACCCGUCUCUGCUCGGUUCUCUGCACUCCCUCCAGCUGCAGUACUUGGAACUGGUCCGGUCCGAGACCAUUCUGGGAGACGAUAGCAGCUACUUUACAGAGAUGGUGGAGCUUAUCGACACCCUGCAGGUCAAAGUCAGGUGACCGGGAUGUUCUACUGGACCGGGCCACAUAACCGGACCCCCUGUGGGGGUCUGGGAUGACUGGUUCUACUAGAUUGACUGGUUCCACUGGGUCUGAGAUGAAGAUGAUUUCUUUUGUUAAAGAUCCAUGAUGGAUUUCUUUGCAGUCAGACCGGACCAGAACCGGCGGUUCGUCCGUCUCCCUGCAUCAGGCGUCCCCCGGAAGGUUCAGUCUGACGCUGACAGACUGUUUACGUAGAACAAUAAAUAAAUGGUUUGAAAGUGAAUGUUUGGUCUAUUUUUAACCAAUCAGAAACCAGACCUGGAACUCUGAUGCUGAGUUCCAAUCCAGCGGCUGCAUCCUGCAUAGGCCAGAUUUGAAGACCGAUGAUGUCAUAGCGAGGCGCCGAGGUCUGGUCCGAUUCCAAGACUCCUCGUUAUGCGACUGACAAAUGCGUCCUUCUUUUUACCCUAUUUCAGGGACGGGUCCAAUAUGUCCUCUCUAGCCUUGGUUUUCCCAUGAUUCAUUGUAAGUCCAAGCAAGCCGGCUGCUCCGUGAUCAGAGGAAAAAAAGGGAAAUGGCGCCAAACAGUGGUGAAUAUUGGAAGUUCAGUUUAACAAUCCAAGUCUGUGAAUAGUUCCGUCUGAAAUGAAUGAAAAUAGUUGUUUCUAAGGAGAGCGACUGCCUAGUGGUUAGUGCAGUACUCUGUGCUCUGAGGAGGUUGCAGUACCCGGUUCAAUCCCCACACCGUUUACUCUGGGUUCCUGAGCAAGACCCUUAACCCCACACUGCUCCCUGGGUGCUGCACAAUGGCAG